GUGUAUAAACAUCCACGUUGGCUCACUUUUUCCUUGAAAACGCUCCAAAUCCGUGAUACAAUCGCAUUUUGCCUAUUUAAUUAUUUUGCUUAUUAUUUAAUAAUAAUUAUUUAUUUAAGACUAUAGUAAUAAUUAUUUACAAUUAGAAAUUACCGUCGCAUAACUCAAUGCAUCUCCUCCAAUUUCCAUUUUAAUUUUUUUAAGAGUGCUCACCAUCCCUGUGCAAGGUCCGCUCCAUUCUGAAUAUAUAUCGACCACUGAUUUGAAAGAUUGACUUUAAAUACUUUUAUUCUUAUUCAGUCUAGUUAGCUAAAUAGUUAAUUUAUACAUUCCUAUUAAACCUGGUUUCGUAAGAAGUUUCUCCCAUUCAUCGUUAUUGGAAAUUUCAGUUUGUAAUGCCGCUGGUGUUGUUUUCUUAGCCAUUUUUCGUACAGAUUUUAAACCACCCUAUAAAAACGAACGAUUUUGCGGAAGAUAAUCCUCGUCGGCGUGUCGAAAUAAAGGACGGAUUCGACGAUCUCUCGCGAUAAGGGACACCACCGUCGCUUGAAUAUUUCGAACAAAAAGAUUGACGUUUCGCGGGCGGGGUGACAUCACUAUCGUUUUCUGGUUGUGUUGUGUCAGUCACUCGUAGAAUGACGCAGUAGAAGGUCGUUUCAGAGAUGGCGAGCUUCCCAGCAUGAAAUACAAUUUUAUGGCGAGGUAAAAAUAUUUUGUUUGGAAAGAAAAAAUGUCUGCAGACUCUCCAAGGCGUGGUGUGCAUAAAGGAGUUCAAGUUGUAUCACCUCAGCCAAUAAUUGAUCGUUCAAUUAUAGAUAGUGUUGCAGGAAUAAUUAACGAUAUUGUUCCACAGGCUUAUGCUGGCACACCAAAUUCUGAGAAUAAAGAAUCUAUAUCAUGGGCACGGUUUGAGUAUGCAGACAUUAAUGACCCUGCCCUGUAUCCAGAUUACAAUGAAGGCUCUAAUACACCACCUUUAUUAUUGGUGCUUGGUUAUACAACUGGAGUUCAGGUAUGGUUGAUAGCUGCUACAGGGGAAGCUACUGAAGUAUUAUCAUGGCGACAAGGAAUAGUUCGUACUCUGAGAAUUUUACCAAAUCCAAAGACUGAUGAUGAACAUGCUGAUUUGUUUGAGCUGAAACGGCCAAUGGUAGCAAUAUGUGAUUCAGCUGGACCUGGACCACAAUUUUGCAACAUUAGUUUCAUUUCGCUAAAAACUGGGGAACAAGCUAAAAGCAUAAAAUUUAAAAAUCCUGUUUGUGACAUUUUGGCAAAUAAACGAUCCAUAGUAGUGACAUUUUUAGAAAAAAUCGCCGUGUUCGAUGCUCGAACAUUGGAAGACGUAUUAACAGUUACAACAUGUUAUGCCAGUCCCGGUCCAAAUCCAAAUCCUGUUGCUUUAGGCACAAGAUGGCUUGCUUAUAGUGAAAAGAAAUUAUUACCAGCAAAAAGAAGCAGUGGUGGUUGCGAAGGUGAAGGAGUACAAAGUUAUACAGCAACUGUUCUCUACGCGGCGAAAUCUUUAGGAAAAGGAUUGCGUGGUUUGGGAGAAACCGUCGCAUCCAGUUUAACUGGCAAUUCAGUAUCACCAGUAGUCAUUAAUAAUACAGGCAGUGAUAUAACUCAACCAGGAGUUAUUACGAUAUUAGAUCUGCAAGCAGCAAAAGAGGAGAAAGAAUUAGAUGAUGCGAACAUAGAGACUGUCAUUGCUCAUUUUACUGCCCAUAGUGAUGCAAUCGUUGCCAUGACUUUUGAUUUAAGCGGUGCGUUGCUAAUGACCGCUGACAGAAGGGGGCAUGAUUUUCAUGUAUUUAGAAUUCAGCCACAUCCAGGUGGUCCCACUUUGGCAGCAGUACAUCAUUUGUAUAUUUUACAUCGUGGAGAUACUACUGCGAAAGUGCAGGAUAUGGUCUUUUCGAGCGAUACUCGUUGGGCCGCAAUUUCAACUGUACGGGGCACUACUCAUGUUUUCCCCGUUGCACCAUACGGUGGUCCGGUAGGAAUACGAACUCAUUCCACACCUCAUGUUGUAAAUAGACUAUCGAGAUUUCAUAGAAGUGCAGGUUUAAUGGAUGACGGCGCCAGAUCUCAUUCUCCUGUAUCUCAUACAGAGUUACCUUUAUCAGUAUAUCCAUAUUCUAAUCCAAGACUUCCUCCAUAUCCUCAUCCGACUGUACUACAUCCUUUGACACAGAUACGACAACCAUCUUCGUUGAAUCACAUAAACAGUCAAACUCAACAGAGUAGACCACAACAACGACAACGAUUGCACUCAGAUGAUAGUGGAACAUUACCAUUAAAAAUAUGUGCUUGCUUUGCACCUCCAAGAGCUUGGAUGUAUGCACAAAGAGAAUCGACUGUAAAAGUUAUGAAAAGAGCAAUCGAUUCUUUAUUCAUCAUGGCAUGUCAUGGAAAUAUGAUACAAUAUGAUUUAGAUCCCAAGCCAGCCGCAGGUAUACCAAAGGAAAAAGUAUGUGACGAUACGAUGAUAGAAUUAGAAGUUGAAGCCAAAGGUCAAUGGCCUCUUCUAAGAUCUCCGAAUUCAAUGGAAAUUGUGCCACCUCUGCCAACAUCUAGUUCUUUACUAAGUGUCAAUAGUGUACCGAAAGACAUUCAAGAUAAUGACUUAGCAGAGGAUCGUUGGCUAAGCCAAGUAGAAAUUGUAACACAUGCUGGACCACAUAGACGACUUUGGAUGGGACCUCAGUUUGUGUUUAAAACCUAUAAUGCAACUAGCGGGGCGCCUGUAAACCUUGUUGAAGCGGAGGCUGUUGAAAUCGGAGUGACUGGUGGAUCUCGUCCUGCGAGAUCAAAUCCGGUCAACAUGCCACAUGCUGCAUCCAGAUCAUUGGUACCUGUGGUCAUCGAUGGAUCGGGAAGUAGUUAUGAGCAAUCACCAAGAUUUAUGGAGGCGUAUGGUGACCCACUAGAUAGUGAAAACGCUACUGGAGGUGAAAACCAAUUGAGAGAGGAUCUGGCCGAAGCUAUGCUGGAGACGUCGAUUGCACCACAUCGUGCUCCUGGGAGGCGAUCGGUAUUUGAGAGGGUGGGUCAACCGGUAACUAAAGUCGUCAACCCUCUGGGCACCGUGAUUACUGUGUCGGCCGAUGAGGAGGACAUUAACUCCAGUCAGGAGUUCGAUUUCGCCGAGGAGAACUACAUGCCGGAACCACCUAGAAGCGUGUGCGCCGAAGAGGGUCCGGCUUCUCUCGGUGAACUCGAGCCAGAGAGCCAAACGCUGCGUGAUCUCACGGAAAUUUGCGCGGAAAUGCGCUCAGCUAGCGAGCCAGCGAUCGAUAGCGUGCCGGACGAAAAUAUCUGCGAGGUGAAGGAAAGAAAAUCGCUGUGCGUCGAGAUCGCUUCGAUCGCGAACCCUGGCAACUCGACCAUCGAUUUUGAAAAGGAGGAAGCAUUCCGCGAUGUGCCGACCAGCUUGAGCCUGUGCGUGGAACAGGGUGAGAUUCCCAGCAGCCCUAUGACCCAGGCGAAGGAAGCUGCCUGGUGCAAAAAAUUUGAUAAGAGGGAAGACAAAGUGACACAGGAGAGGAAUGUAUCCGAGGAGGCAGAGUAUGUAGUCAACUGCGACGAGGAUAGCAUCGUAUUAAUGGAAAAUAAGGCAGCUCACGGACGAAAAAGUACGUCGGUACAUUGUAGAACUGACAAUAAGAAAGCUUGCGAGCUUGAAAGGGCCGCGAAGAAAUCAGGGAAGAACGGCUCCUCCGCGUGCUCCAGUAAACGAACCGAGAGUAAAACUCCUGCUAAGAAGUACAUUUUGAAAGAACACGAGGACAGUGUCGUCAUCGAGGACACUACUUGCGACGAUUCUAAAUAUGAUUGUGGCAAGAAAAAAGGUUGCGAAAGAAACGUGGCCGGAGAUACAAAGAAUAAGAAUACCGAAACGAGAAGCGGAGAAUCUUCGAAAGAAACUGGAAGGGGUAAAAGCAGAACAAAGUUCUCCACUGUUCAGGAUUUCAAAGAGAUGAGAGCUGAACUUUUCACGGAAGGUAAAUGUUCAACGAAGCAGACAGAGCCGAUCGUAGAAAUGGACACACUAAUCGAAGAAGCUGAGAAGAAAGAAGAUAUCAAAUCGAUUAUCAGCGUCGAUGUAUUAACUAAAGAGACAGAUAAAUACAAAUCGCCACCGUCAGACUCGACCGACGAUUUCAGUUCCAGCGAGUAUCACAUCAUUGAUGCACCUUGCUGCAGCAAAGAUGGCACAUCGAUCCAGUCUGAUGAAGACAUCGAGCAUAUCCAAAGCUCUGAAAUCACUCAAUUACAGCAGUCUGAGUGCACCGACAGCGAUAAAUGCACGGACGUGAUAAGUUGCGCAGGUUCGUCGCCGAUUUUGCAGAGGAAGAACAGCAAGAACACAAUAUCUGACGACGACAUUGAAUAUAUACAUACCUCUGAACUAGUAGAGACACCUGACAAAAUUUCCAGAGAAGACUCGAAGUUUGAAACGAACGAGUCGGCUAAAAGCAAACGAACGUUCUCUGACGAUGAUAUAGAACACAUCCAGCAUUCAGACAUCUACGAUACUCCAUCCGAAAGAACUAAAGAAGUUCAUGACAGAAGCACGAAGAGAUCGCAGGAUACUUCAGCGGAGCAAACGUCGAAAUCAAAGAACGCGAAGAAAACGAAGGACAUCGUGGUCAUCGAGGGCGACACGUCGGCCGCUGACGUGACUGUGAUCUUUAAACCAGCCGACACUUGGAAGGGUAAGAGUAUAGAGAGAAAAGAGGAACCAGAAGAAUUUACCACGAGAGAUAUACCGUCUAGUGAGAAUCCUAGUCCACUAAGGAAAGCUAAGAUUCGUUUUGCUAAAAUAUCUCCUGCAAAUGUUGCGCCCAAACGACCGCAAGCAGAUAUUGAGAUAAUUGACAUCGACGCGAUGCAGAAGGCCGAGAUGGAAGUACUGGCCGACGCCGCGUCCAUUUCAGAAUGCAAAGUCCUUGCCGGCGCUGAAGUCUGUGGCACUCGCACGAAAAAGUCACGCAAGAGCAAGAAAACCAACAACGAGAACAACGUGCAAAGCUGCGAAGCUUUGUCGUCGACCGAGCCUGCACAAUCUGCCGAAGAACUUUCAAGGCAGUCGAUCUCUCAGGAGCCGGCAGCUGAGUUUUCUUGGAGCGCCGUGGUGAAGAAGAAGAGUGGUUCUCCCGUGGCCGCAGAAGCUCGAAAAGAGGACGAUAAAGUCGAGAGUUACAAGCCGAAACGAUCGUUCGAGCCUUCGGUCGAGGGAUCUUCAUCGUGCACGCCUAUCUUGGAGAAAAUAGAAUCCUUGAAGAAGAAGAUACACGAGUCUUCGUUGAGGAAGAGCGUGGACAAGAAGAGUUCGAGUUCUCAGGUGAUAGAUAAGCUGCGGGAGGCUGUUUUAGAAUUAUACCCUGAAGAGUCUUCCGUUCAGACAACAGAACUUUCUUGGAGUUCCAUCGUCAAGAAGAAGAGCACCUGUUGUUCUGUCGAGGCUGAGACGAGGAAAGAACCUGACCUCGACCCGAUAGUAGAGGAAAUGAUUAAUGACGAAAGGAAAACUUACCGAAAAUCCUCGAUUCGCUCGUCGAUGGUGGAUCAAUUGAAGGAAGCUGUCACAGAAACAACUAUGGGAGAAUCAUCUGUUCAGGCAACAGAAGGAUCUUGGAGUUCCAUUGUUAAGAAAAGGCCUGUCACUUCCGCGGCAAGCGAGUCGAUCACGCGGAAGGAAACUGUCGAGCGGAAAACUCACAGAAAGUUGGAUCUACCGACCGAUUCUACGACCCGUGACUACGAGACUACGAGUUCGUCCGCGGAUAAAAGCACGCCGUCCGAGAAAUCCUUGAAGUUGGAAACUGUAAGCGAGAUGGACGAAAAACUUUCGAUCGAUUCGAAGACCUGGAACGUUGGUGGGCCAGCGCUGAUGGACUCAACGUUUACGAAAGAAGAUUCCUCGGAGCUCGAGCGAGACACCGAGCCCGAGAAGAAGAGCGACUCGGAGCAGGAGAUUGUGCCGGAACGUUCGAGCUCUUCGGACGAGUUGAACGCGAACGUGGUGUUCACGAACGCCGAGGGAGAAUAUUCUGGUCGCGAGACGACUGAGAAGAAUGCGACGAAUGGCUCGAACUCCUCGGUCUGCGCCACGUCGAAAAAAGGCACCAGGUCGAAGAAAAAAAAACGCAGAUGA